UGAAUCGGAAAUUUAUAUUGCGAAGGAAGGAAGGAGCGAGUAAAGGAGAGGACUUAUUCAGACGAAGCGACGACUGUCUCUCUUCUUGUUCUUCUUCUUGAAAUGGGUACUCCAGAAUUUCCAGAUCUAGGAAAACACUGCGCUGACUCCGAUUGCAAGCUCGUUGAUUUCUUGCCCUUCACUUGCGAUCGCUGCUAUCAGGUGUAUUGUUUGGAACACCGAAGUUAUAUCAAACAUCGCUGUACAAAAGCUGACAAGCAAGAUGUCACUGUAGUAAUAUGUCCACUUUGCGCUAAAGGAGUCCGCCUAGUUCCUGAGCAAGAUCCAAACAUAACAUGGGAGAAUCAUGUUAACACCGACUGCGACCCAUCAAAUUAUGAGAAAGUUACAAAGAAGAAAAAAUGCCCUGCAGCUGGAUGCAAAGAGAUCUUAGUAUUCUCAAACACAAUUAAAUGCAAGGAUUGCACGAUAGACCAUUGUUUGAAGCAUAGGUUUGGUCCUGAUCACAAAUGUCCAGGACCUAAAAAAGUGGAAACAAAUUUCCCUUUUAUGAAUCUAAUGAAUAGGAGUAGAAAGAAGGAGUCUAAAACCAACUCAAGUUCAACCUCCUCUUCAUCUAAAUGGACUACAAGCUUUCUUAAUGCUGCUUCUAAUAUUCGAGCUUCAGCUGAGGCUGGAAUGUCAAAGUUGAGUGGUGAAAUUAACCAAGCAUGGGGGACAUCAAGUGAUGGUGGGAGAAAGAGCAACGACAAUGGUCAAGUGGAGCAAUGCCCUCAAUGCGGUGCCAAGUUUUCCUCGAUCACUACUUUAAUCAAUCAUGUGCAAAAAGUUCAUGAAAGAAGUGGCAGCCGAUCUGCUGCGAAUGUUACCAUUGAUGCGUGUCCUAAGUGCAGUAAAGGAUUCACAGAUCCCGUGUCCCUUGUGGAGCAUGUUGAGAGGGAACAUGGUGGAACUUCUAGAAGAUAGGUUCAAUAUAUGGGCGAACGCACUCAUAUAUCAGUCGAGUUCGAUAAUAAGAGCUUUGAAUUAUGGUUCAUCCGGAUCAUGAAACACGAGUUGGAGCUCAUCACAUCUUUUCUGUUGUUCUAGUACCAACCUCUGUCUGUCUUUCCUCGGUCAUGCCUGUCUUUAUCAGACGAUUCUGACCCCAAAGCACAGGGUAUUCCAAGGAUACUCUCUAGAGCGGUCUGUGUAUUCUCUUCUUCAGCUGCCUUGUUUCAGAA